AUGGCCCCAAGCAUUCAAGAUGAACCUCCCCAGGGAGAGUCGCGAGCACCAGCACUGAUCGCAGUGCUGACGCUCGGUUGUGUGUUUGCGAAUGCAAUAUUUUUUAUGAGAAUGUACGCCCGUGCGGUCCUUCUGCGUGCCUUUGGGCGGGACGAUGCUGUCAUGGCAUUUUGUAUAUUUCUGGUCGUCGCAUUGUCCAUUACAAUGGGAAUAGAGGUUCAAUAUGGCCUUGGGCAACACCAGUCGGCGUACACAGACGAUUACUACGUGCCAUAUAUGAAGGUGAGCGAUGAGCCUUCGAGCUUCCCAUACGCUGCUUACCCAUGA